ACUGAACCUGUUACUAUAAACAAACAAGUUUUGUCCUCUGGAAGAAGGUUUUUAAUUCGAUGAUCGAACAUGUUUCUACCGAAUAGAAUAUCUGCUUGAAGGGGAAAAAACCAGUAUACGUUAAGGAUAAAAAUAGCUUAUCAUAAGGUUAAGUGUUAGCGAUUUUAGCAUGACAUUUUUAAGUCUUAAACAUGUAUAGAUAUAUGAACGUUGUCUUGAAAACUCAGAUACAAAUAAGACACCAGUUAUUCAGAGAACUCUACCGUGGUGAAAUCACCUGUAGUACAGCAAAUCUGGCAUUUCAGGUACUUUCCUACCUGAAUACGAGGCAGCAUUUUCAUAGUCAAUUCGUUUGAUCUCUUCAAGCCAUUUGCCCAAUGGCGCGCCGGAUGUAUCACGUCGGCGGCUGUAAACACGACACAGUCGAGGGGCUUCGGCAACUGUUUUUACUUUGUCUAGGGUCUUUUUACGGUCUAGGGGACGCGCCUCUUUGCAAUUACCUGAAAUUGGUUCGUCUAUCCAUAGAGCAAGGACUCUGAGCGCAGUCAACGAGACGGUCAGCCCGUCCUGAAAAUCCCUCGAGACUGCCUAUACAGGACAUCAUGACCGGACUUGGACAACUUACACACCAAGGCUACGCCAAUUAUUGGAACCAUGUACUCAUAUUAAUGUUUCUACAUUGCAUUGCAUUUUGAGCAUCCAUGACCUUCAUCGCACUGACUCAGUUCCAACGUGAUAUUGUCACAUAGUUCCGAUAACUUCUUAUAUUGCUAUCCCAUCUCAUACCACAUCCAAACCCCUACAAGCACCUAUCAAAUCAAGAACUUGAGCCCGAGACAAAUAUUCGACCACAGUACAUGUAUAACAUUAUUCAAACUCAUACAAGACAGAUAUUGAUUAAACCAUAGUCAACCAAUAAUUCAACAUCAUACCACGCGUAGAAGCAUCCUCAAUGAAUUUACUGUCACUCCACAUUAGAGAAAGCACACAAGUUUUUGUAGUCUUUCAUUCGAAAAGGCAGAAACUGACUGCCUCGUCGUAUGUGACUAUGCCAUAUGCGCCACAGUAGUACAUUGUAAUACAGAGUCUAAAAAAGUUAAAUCUAACUUCACACGCACUAGAGUUGACUCAGACAUCUUAAAAGUGCAUAGUCCAGGUGUAAACUUGCGAAAGCAAACUAAUCUACAAGGUUUGUUAUUAUUACCAAUACAAAGCUACACUGAAUAUCCUAAGGCCAAGGGCUGCUCUGUGCGCUGUGGUCCAAGUUAUCACACUUCGCCCGCAAGUUUAUUCUCCUUGAUAAAUUUGUCACACACGGAAUACCGCUGGCUUUGCAUCAGGCAGUCCCGCGUCGAUAACAUCGCCGUCGCCAACCGUGCUUCUACCAACAUCCCCCACCAGCAGAAUCGCCGAGUCCAUUCUACAGCCACCUACCAGCAAAGGUUAUCCUUGACUGCAGCCGUCACUCGCCGGAUAGAAACAUCAGCGCGUGCGCCGACAAGCAAGGGUUAAACACAUUUAGCCAUAACUUCCACCGUUAUGAGGGCGAUCCACCCGGCUUUCAUCGCGGCUUUCGACUGAAUUUCUCCCUUAAUAAGUCGGCGUGAGCUGCAUGCUAAAGACUAUACAAAGAAAGAGCACCGACGGAGCAAACAGAGAGGAGACCAUCGCAGUGGCAAUAUCUGAUGAAAUGUGUUGGACACUAGGAACGGUUUUUGUGACGAUAUUCACGAUUGCGGCAAACCAGGGAGCGCGAGCAGUGCCGGCCGCGUCGUGCGUAAACUACGCCCGGUAUGGUGACUACAAUCUCGGCGGAAUCUUUUCAGUACACCUGGACUCGCGUACCUCGGAGGGGGAUCGAUGCAGUCCACAACUGUACCCUUUCAUCAUGUACGUGGUAGAGAGUAUGGUUUUUGCCAUCGAUGAGAUUAACAGCCGCACCGACAUCUUGCCGAACGUGACGCUGGGAUUCGACAUCAGGGACGACUGUCUAUCAGAAGAUUUAGCUCUGUGGACGGCCAUGUCUCUCAUUCACGGUCCAGGGACACCGCUGUAUGACCACCUCUGUCCUUCCAAGGAUCCUAGUCCAAGUGGUGGAGUGAUCGGCAUCGUUGGGCCUGGCAGGAGCUCCAUGAGUCUCACUGCCGCCUCUGUGGCUGAUCUCUUCCAGGUACCGAUGAUAUCCUACGCCGCCACCAGUGAUGAGCUCAGCGAUAAAGUGAAGUUUCCCUUCUUCCUUCGCUCAGUAGCUCCAGACCGGUUUCAGGUUGACGCCAUCAUUGAUAUCUUGGAUCAUUUCCGAUGGGACUAUAUCAGCAUUAUAUACUCCACCGACGAGUACGGCAUUAACGGUGCCAGACUCCUGCAACAGAAAGCGGAGGAAUACGGUAUCUGCGUCUGGUUAUCCGUAUCAAUCCGAGCCGCGUCCAGCGAGAGGGAGGUAUCUGAUGUCGUACAAAGGCUCAAGAAAAACACCAAGUCGAAAGUCACGGUUAUGUUCGCCGUGUUUCAAGUGGCCAACGCCGUCCUUAGCGAGGGAAAGAGACUAGGACUGCCGAGUAACAUGACCUGGAUCGCCAGCGACGCCUGGGGUCACCGCUUGGCUAAAUUCAAUAACGAAGACAUCGCGCUGGGCGGACUAUUUAUCGAUUUAGAGAGCAACAGCGUUCCGAUAUUCGAGAAACACUUCAAGACCCUGACGCCUGAUAAUAAUCGACAGAAUCCUUGGUUUGACUCUUACUGGAAGUAUCUGCUAAGCAAAACCAACUGCUCUCGAGUAUCAGAUGACAAGGAGCUACCGGAGUGUAUCCUAGCAUCUCAUAAGACAGGCUUCAGUUCUAAAGCUAUCGCUGCCGUCAUGGAUGCCGUUUACGCUUUAGCCUAUGCCCUUGACUCUCUACUGGACGAUGUCUGCUCUGGGAUGAUGAUCCACAACUGCAGGCCUAGAUUUAACGGAACUUUUUACCUAGAUCAUCUGAACGGCGUGAAUUUUCAGGAGCACGGUGGGUGGUUUUUGUUCGAAGACAAGGGCGAUCCGCCGGGCAAUUAUGAGAUUAAGAACCUGCAACCAAUCAAUGGUGAGUAUCGAAUGGUACCAGUGGGGAAGUGGGACGCAAUGAAAGGAACGACACGAUUGACGAUUAACGAAUCUCGAAUUUACUGGGCCGGAGGCCAGACAAUGAUCCCGGAAUCGAUCUGCCGGGAGAAGUGCGGUCCCGGAUACAUCCCAGUGCCUCUGUCCGAGGCGUGCUGCUGGGGUUGUCACCGAUGCCGCGUGGACGCUAUCGUGGUGAACGGUACGCAGUGCGAGAAGUGCCCCAAGCGCUUCUGGCCAGAUGCAAACUACACCCGGUGUGAACAUUAUCCGGAGAUUCCAGUUAGCACCAACGAACCCGUUAUCCUCGUUGUCAUCUUACUCUCCGGUGCAGGCAUCAUCCUUACCAUCCUGGCUGUGAUUGGAAUGCUGGCCCACUGGCGGCAUCCCCGCAUUAAGGCCAGCAGCCGCGAGCUAAGUUACGUCAAUCUAGCUGGUCUGAUUCUCGCCUACUUGACCAUCAUUCCGCUUGUCGUCAGGCCAAGCAAUCCAUCCUGUUCCGUGGCACAGACUGUUAUCUCCGUAUGCCUGACCCUAACUUUUGCGCCCACUCUGCUGAAAUGCAGUCGGAUUUUCAGGAUCUUUCGAGCUGGAAAGAGAUCAACACAGCGUCCACGGUUCAUCAGUCCAAAGGAACAGAUUCUAAUGGUGUCAAUUAUGGUCGGACUUCAGCUCAUUAUCUCCUGCCUAUCAGCUGUUCUGCCCGAGGAACUCUCCGGGGGAGUUGAUAUCUACACCUACAGUCCGUUCUUAGACGAUUCAGGAUCCCUUGCAGAUGACAGCGAUACAGCUGACAGCCAUCCAACCGUGUCAUUCACUCUCUAUUGCAAGUUUGGACUAGGCUUCCUCGUCUCGUCCAUCUACAAUCUCCUUAUCAUCGUGGGCUGCUGCUACUACGCCUUUAGGGCCCGUCACGUGCCAGACAAUUACAACGAGUCCAAGUUCAUUGCGGUCAGCGUCUACUCAACCUUGGUGCUGUGUUUGGCCGUUGUACCGGUCUAUCAGACCUCAGACGAUAUACAUAUGAAGAUUGCCACGCUUAGCCUUGCUCUGGUCAUCAAUGCUUACGUCACUCUGGUCUGUCUGUACAUGCCCAAGUUUUACAUCAUCUACGUCAUCGAGAGGAAGUCGCAAGAGACAGACAGGACGCGGUCUGGAAGCAGCUUUAAAGAUGGGAGAAGUAGCUUUGAAAGUAGUUUGCGAAAUAGCCUCCGCACAACGCAACAUCACGCGCCAGUCAACACAAGUGUUGAGCUUCUUCGCUCAAGAGGACAAGACUUGUAGCCAUUUUAUAAUUUUUUUCACCAUAUCUCGUACAACAGCAGCAAAGGGAAACCUUAUACGCUGUGAAUGUAUCUGAUUUUGAGAUGCCUGGAUAUGUAGCUCUUUUGUUUACGACCUCUACAACGAAUCGACUCCACAAAAGCACCUUCAUCAAAGCGCCUAUUCAUGGGCGUGUUGUAUGGCACACGCGUUGCUUCAUGCGUAAAAAAGAAUUAAGAAUUGGUGUUAAUAUGUAAAUGAAGGAGCUUCUCGUUCUUUUUAACUAAAGCACCACUGCUUUGCUCUCAAUUUAUUGCGAGUUAUCUAAAGUCUGAUAGGGUUCCAAGGGUGCCCUACGACAAGUCAGCUACGAUGCUAAAACAAUGUGACAAAUUAACAAUGCUAUGACUAGGGAAUGCUAUCGUUAGUGAAAAAUAUGCAUUUAAUGUGAAGAGGUCUGUUUCUUUCUUAUGAUUCUGGGCAUAAGAUUAAAUGUAGAUAGAAAUUGGUUACCCAAGCCUGACAUUGUCACACAAGAUCUACCCUAGACAAGAUCAUUAUAAGAACACAAACAUCUUACUCCAAGAAGUAUUCUCAUUUACAGAAAUGUCAUUUUGAUGACUUGAUUUUCGGAAUAUCUUGACAUAUAAAUUUAUCAUCCUGUAAAAUAUUUUGGUAACAUUUUGAGCAUCAAAAUAAGACAAGUAGCAGAUAAAAAUCAUACGUAUAGGAAUCAUUGCGAAAUGUCUUCAGCUGAAAGUAAUUUUCGAGAUAUCUGGCGCUGUUAUCUCUUCAUUGAAAUGCCGGCUUGGUAGAGUAGCAUUAAUAGGUUGACUGUUUCCCGCCGGUAGGACAGAUGUUUACCCUAGCAUGCCGUACAAAUACGCAGCAUGUCAGUAAACUGGGCUGGUUAAAUACAUCAGCGUCCACACUGCAGCCGUAAUGGUUUCUCUAGCCCAAAUAUGUUAGGAGUUGCAACCGGCACUUGGAGCCUGGAAGCCAAGACGCCUGGGGCAGCUGCGCAGCUGCUUGGGGAAGAGGCAGGUGUGUUCACCCCGCCUUGGAAUGGUGAAAAUGAAUCGGAACAUUAGCGGAGACACAGUAAGCACGCCGAGAUAUGCCAGCCUGACGCGCGCUAAUCUAGACUCGGCCAGCACAUUGCAUAAACAUGUUUUCUAGCAAGUGAGUUAGAGCAAAUCCACGACUCACUAUAUGGUGACUGCAAGCAAGCAAUAUCACCUCAAUCGGUUGUGAGAUUUAGAUUUCUGAAGAAUUUGGUGAUGGCAUAAAUCAGAAUACGUAACAUCAGUAGGUCAAUACUCCAAGCACGCAAAUUUUCCCACUAGUGACACUAGACUGCUUCAAGAAUGCAUGAAUAUUUUAUUCGAUUUCCCAUCCGUCUUACAUUUUUACUGUGAAAAUACCCAAUAGAAAAAUAACCUAACGCAGACACUAUUAAGCUGUUGACAAUAAUAUGUUGAAACCUGGUCACUCUAAUCGCUAGAAACGAUAGAUUACACAGUUAACGGCAAUUUAAAGUGUAACUUGACAGUCGACGACUGCUUGAUAACCAGUUGAGUAUGCGCAAGAGAUGCCCACAAACGGUAAUCCGAACGCUCAGAUUACUAGUCUUGACCGUUCGAACCAAUAUUCAUGACCCGAUCUUUCAUAAUUCAAGGCAAACAUCCUUAGCCUUGGGGGUGACUUGUUACCCCGAUCCUCUCCAAUACUCGUUCCGAUUCUGUGUCAAAAAGAAACAAAAAACGAACGGAAUUGACCCGCCUGAAAAGGCUGGUCGGGCCUUAUUGUCAUCGACAUCUGCCCUUUUCCCAGCCGUAACCUUUCUGUCCGUCUUAUGAUAAAAUAAUAACGAGGGAACGGCGAGUAGCAAAGGCUUGUCUACUCUUCAAAGGUUUGAUGACUAGUGGAAGGGCGCAAAUACGAAGAGCGCAAACCUUGACAGGAAGAGCACGGGGAAACGAUGCAUUGGUCCCGCGUCUGUGAUGAUUUUUAAGUGGUCAAGAUCACUCUCGUGAAUUCGAUUUGCGUUGUACGUAAGGGAAGUUGUCACUCAGUCUUCGGUCUUUUGCAUUUCGAAAGGACUUGACAGCUUGUACAAAUCCUGCAGAUCUUUUAGUCGGGUUGGAGAUCAAUAAAUCAGAAAUAUAGAGUUCAUAACUACUUUAGAGCUGGUGUUUGUAUUUCUGAGGAGGCGCAAUGGUACAUUUGGUAUCUGUGUUAAUACCGUUCCUUGAGCUAAAUAAAAAUACCUAUGUCUUAAAAUGAAAAAUGUUCUGCAAAAUACAUGUAAAAUCUUAAUUUCACUGAUCAGCCGCCUUUACCACAAUAGAACAUUCGUUAACAUAAUUCAAAUAUCCAAUGGCAACUUGUUCUCACUUCCCUCAACAUCUAAUAAGAGUUGGAGAGAACCGCGUUCCCCGCGGAGUGUAAUUUAAACGCCUUUGGAGGACAUAUAGCAAUUUGUCCUUCACACCGACUGCCCGCAAGGAGAAUCGUGCUUCUUGGAUAUUUCUCAGUCUUUACUUUGAUCACGUUUUUCGCCAAAUGGGCCCAGAGAAAAAUCCUUGUAUUUUCUUCCUACAUUUUCAAUACCUAAUUCGUCUUACUCUUAACGAAAUACUGGCGACCAUUUGACAUUGUUGAAUGUUUAAUCAGCCGUUAAAAUGUGGAAUGCAGAAUCAGGGUAGGUUAUAAUCAAACGUGGGAACUGCGUUUAUAUAUGCAACUUCUGAAUGUAGGACUUUGCUGAAUAUUCUGCUUUCUAUGCAAAAAUUGCCAUGAAAUUAGCAGGUGUUUCAAAGAUUUUGUAACCAAAAUCCACCUUUUGUAACCAGCUAGAGAAGAAAAAGAAAACUAAGAUUUUUCUUAAA